CAUAUCACCUAUAUUACCUUAUUUAUUACUCAUAUUCCUUCCUUACCUUACUAUCACCUAUAUUACUCUUAUUACCUUAUUAUUAUUCAUAUUACCUUCCUUACCUUACUAUUACUCAUAUCACCUUCCUUACCUUACUAUUACUCAUAUCACCUAUAUUACUCUUAUUACCUUAUUAUUACUCUUAUUACUCUUAUUACCUUAUUCCUACUCAUAUUACCUUCCUUACCUUACUAUCUCUCAUAUUACCUUCCUUACCUUAUUAUUAUUCAUAUCACCUAUAUCACCUAUAUUACUCUUAUUACCUUACUAUUACUCAUAUCACCUAUAUCACCUUAUUACCUUACUAUCUCUCAUAUCACCUAUAUUACUCUUAUUACCUUACUAUUACUCAUAUUACUCAUAUUACCUUAUUAUUAUUCAUAUUACCUUCCUUACCUUAUUAUUAUUCAUAUCACCUAUAUUACCUUACUAUCUCUCAUAUUACCUUCCUUACCUUACUAUCACCUAUAUUACU